UCGUACAAAUAAAGUUUUUUUGUAUUGUGACGUAGGGGCAGCGUUUGCGCAUGCGCGAAUCCACGCAUCCACACGUGAAGCAGACAGCAUGGCUAACAGAGUCGAAAUUCCGUUCGACAAGGCACAGGUGAAAAAGGCCGUCCAGGCAUUGCAGGCCUUCCAGAAAUCCAAGUCCAAAGCGGACGUCUCGCUCCUGGACGAGGCUCACGCCAUCAGCCUGCUCUUCACCCUCUGGAAGAUCCCCAAAAAGGCACAGACCAUCCGCAUUCCCUUGCCCCAUGGCCAGCGGCUCGACACAGACGAGGUUUGCCUCUUCACCAGAGACGAGCCCCACAUGACCUCGGAUCAGACGCAGAGGUUUUACAAGAGGCUGCUGCAAGAGAAAGGAGUGAACAACAUCGCAGAGAUCAUUCCGUACUCGGUCCUGAAGACAGAGUACAAACCGCACGAAGCCAAGCGACGUCUGUUGGGGAACUACAACAUGUUCCUUUCUGACGAACGCGUCCGCCGCCUGCUGUCGUCCCACCUCGGAAAACAUUUCUACCAGAGGAAAAAAGAGCCGCUGUGUGUGAACCUGCAGAGCAAGAAUCUGGCUAGAGACGUCCACCGAGUCAUCCAGGGCACCUCCAUGAAGGUCAGCAACAGGGGCUGCUGCUGCAUGGCGCGCAUCGGACACCACGGCAUGACUACAGAGCAGUUGACGGAAAACAUCGAGGCUGCGAUCCAAACGGUGGCAGCAAAACUAAACAUGAAAGGACCCGUAGUGAAGCUCAUCCAUCUGAAGAAUGAAUCCUCCGUGGGUCUGCCGCUCUACGUCUCAAACCUGAACCACCUCACUGAGCUGGAAGAGGCAGAUAUUAGUGCCAAGACUCUUCAGAAAGAGAGAGCUCAGGCGAGGCAGGCGAAGAAGGCCAAGGACGCCGAACCCACCGGAGAGAAGGAGGUGAAGGAGGAGGAGGAGGAGGAAGAGAAAAUCCCUAUGCUGGUUCCCAUAGAAACACCUCGCAAAAAGCCUAAACUGGAGAAUGCAUCCAAAGAGAAGCUGCAGGAGAAGGCCCCCAAAACUGCUGCAAGAAAGAAGGCAAGAAAAGCGCCAAAAAAGAGCGUUGGCAAGACUUCAAAGCAAAAAGUGCCCAAAGUGAAGUGAUUUUCAAUAGAGCACCUCGGCGCGUUGCCCUCUAUAAAAGGACUUUUUACACAGGAUUGUUAGAAGAAUAAUAAUCAUUAUAUUCAGUCAGUUUUGUUUUUUGCUUGGAUGACGCUGAUAAUAAACUUUGUAAUCCAAAACUG